GCAGGAUCUCUCUCUUCCAGUGCCACUGGCCAGGCGUCCGGGCUCUUCCGGGACUGAUGAGGCUGCAACAAGCGGACGAGCUGCCAUAGGGAGGCGGCCUGGCCCAGCCCUGGGAUCUGAGCAGCACUCACAGCCGAGCCAAUCACGUAGCAGUAAUGGAGAGCUCGUCGGUAGCAUCAGCAUCCUCGGAGGCGGGGAGUAGCCGUUCCCAGGAAAUCGAAGAGCUGGAGAGGUUUAUUGAUAGUUAUGUGCUGGAGUAUCAAGUCCAGGGGCUGCUCACGGACAAGACUGAAGGAGACAGAGAGAGCGAUAAGACCCAGUCGAAUGUAUCACAGUGGACAGUGGAAUGUACCGAACAAUUGGAAGAGAGCCGGACCUCCCCAAAGAACAGAGCGCCCACCUACAGUCAGAACGGCAACAAAGAGGGUCCCCUGGACAUGCUGGGCACGGAUAUCUGGGCGGCGAGUACCAUGGAGUCUGUAAGUGGCGCCACUUGGGAUUUACAGCCAGAGAAACUGGACUUCACACAACUUCAACUGAGACCUCACAACAGCCCCAAGCACCCCCCGCCUCCGAUCCACCGAGAUGGGUGUGGAAAAGGGAAACGAGUGGAAGGGGACGACAUCAACUUGACUGACAUAGAGAAAGUACUUCCCACGUGGCAGGGGUAUAACCCAAUGCCGCAUGAAGCAGAGAUUGCACACACCAAAAAACUAUUCAGAAGGAAAAGAAACGAUCGCAGGAAACAGCAAAAACCCCAAGGAGGAAAUAAACAACAACCGCAGCCCCAACAAAAUGACCACCAACCAGUCACUGCCAAACACAACAGUAGGGAGCACCAGAGACAAUACCACAGCAAUCCACCGCCCCCCCACUCCUCAGGCAAGCAAGGCCACCAUGGCUACAGCCAAAACCGCCGAUGGCACCACAACCAGAAGCACCUGCCAAACGAUCUUCAGAGAAAUGCCAAAGAGACUGACACCUUGAAAAUUGAGGAUGCGUCUGUCUGUACAGUGUACAUCCCAUUGGACAUUCCCAGCAACGCAGAGACCACGCAAAGGCACUGUCCACAGACAAGCGAGUCCGAGGCCAAGCGGAAAGACUGUAUCCAGAGCAGAGACAGGCCCAAAAUAUGCCUCCUCCAGUCUUCAAAGGACAGGUUGAGAAAACGGCUAAAAGAGAAGGAAGAAGUUGCGGUUGAAUCCACCAAUCCCCACAAGACCAAUAUGGACAAACUGAUAGAAAUAUUAAACAGCAUGCGGAACAACAGCAGCGACGUGGAUUACAAACUAACCACUUUCAUGGCGGAGGCGCAGAACUCGGCCAAUUCGGAGGAGAUGCUGGGGGAGAUAGUCAAGACUAUUUACCAGAAAGCGGUCACGGACCGAAGCUUCGCUCAUACGGCCGCCAAACUCUGUGACAGGAUGGCGUUGUUUAUGGUGGAGGGGACCAAGUUUCGAAGUCUUCUCCUCAACAUGUUACAGAAGGAUUUCGCCGUACGGGGAGACAUGCACCGCUCUGAUGUGGAACGCUGGCUGGGAUUCAUCACCUUCCUGUGCGAAGUCUUCGGCACCAUGAGGAGUAAUACGGCCGAACCUUUCCGUGUCCUCGUCUGUCCCAUCUAUACCUGCCUUAGGGAGCUGUUGCAGUCGGAGGACGUGAAGGAGGACGCUGUGCUUUGUUGCUCGAUGGAGCUGCAGAGCGCGGGUCGCUUGUUGGAAGAUCAACUGCCCGAAAUGAUGUCGGAGCUCCUGGCGACGGCGCGAGACAAGAUGCUGUGCCCCUCGGAGUCCAUGCUGACGCGCUCGCUCCUCCUUGAGGUCAUAGAGCUGCACGCCAACAGCUGGAACCCCCUGACCCCGACCAUCACACAGUACUACAAUAAAACCAUUCAGAAACUCACGGGCUGACGGGGGGCAGGACAAGAGCUGCGUAUGCACCAGGAUGGGCCCUUUGGGGACAUGGCUUGUCAGCGUCUCUUUAAAUAAGAUAGUGACGAGACAGCGCUGACAGAACACAGCAUGUAUGAGGAGGUGGGGGGGGUUAUUUCUUUUAUAGUCCUGUCCUCCCCCCUGACAAUGAACAUUCCUCUCCUUCAUUCAGUUCUUGCCACUGCACACGCGUCCCCCCCGGGCAUUAUCACUGUGGGCACAGCAGAGAUGUGGUUGCUAUUGGUUACACGUGAUUGUGACAGCUCUCCGCUUCACUCACAUGUCUCUUGCCGACCCCAGGGCCCCAAAUUCUCUAUAUUCAGCCGGCAGGUUAUGGGGGGGACCGGCAGAGCCUUGGAGCGAUGAUACAACAUUGCACGGGUUGUAUUUUUCAUUUGCACUGUUUUGUUACAUUUAAAGAGACAGAGAACUUUUAUUU